AUGGCACAAGACGUCAUUGCUCGCGUGCACCUCGUGGCUGAGAAACUGCAGCAAAAGGCGCAAGAUGCACAAAAGAAAGGGAACGAGGCUGCGGCACGCUCAUUAACAUCCUCCGUAUCGGAUUUACGGCAAGCAUUGGCGCUUAUCUCCGAGCAACGGCAUCUUCUAGCACUUCGACAUGGCGAGAGCGACGACGCCAUUGACGAUAAUAUGGAGGAGCUGACGUCCCGCUUAACUAAAGUACAAACGAUGUUGAUCAAAAAGUCGGAAGAUAUGAAAGUGAAAGGUAAUGUGACAGCGAGGACAGCGCUACAACAAGCCGCAGAGACAGUGACACAAGCUCGGAUGCGGAUUUUAAAACAGCAGCAGACACUUUUUGGCUUUUCGGAACGCUGGAAGAUGCUAGAAACUGCAGGAAAUUAUGAUACGAAGUACAAGAAUAAUGAGGAGACACUUGUGGAGCGAGUGCAACGGCUUGUGGAGUUGGAACAUGUUGUGUUGGAGGUGUGGCCAGAGUAUGAGAUUGAGGAGCUAAAAAAUGCGAUUUUAAGGUCGAGAGAAAUUGAAAACGACAUGAAAAGAGUCAAGGGACGAGCAAAAGAGAGACAGGAAGAAGAUGCUGCGUUGCUUGAGCAACAGCGAGAGGCGUGUCAAGCUAUGGAGCAAUUGGUUCGAGAGAGUGACCAGGAGAUUCAACACGUAACUCGAAAAGCAGCGGAAGAAAGGCAGACCUUAAAAUUGAAACUUGAAAGUUUGACUUUGGAAAACGAAAGGCUAAAACACGAUCAUGAUGAGGAGAUCGAACGCAAGAUACAACAGAAAUCACCUGCACUGACGUGUCUGUGGAAGGUGACGCGACAUACUGCAUUCUCGGACCCAUCUGCAGUGGCUCGGGUAGCGAUCCUACUGGAUUGCAACGACGACACAAUACCAAGCUGGACUAGUUUUGGAAAAUGCGUGGCACCGGUCAACGCCACCUGCUCCAAACUGAAUUCGAAUGCAUGGGGAUGCGUUUUUAAGGGUGAAAAAAAUACUACGGAAAACUGCACGGAUUCUGUGACGCCAGAUCCAACGAAAGAUACAACAGAAAUCACCUGCACUGAUGUGUCUGUGGAAGGUGACGCGACAUACUGCAUUCAGGGUCCCAUCUGCAGUGGCUCGGGUAGCAAUCCUACUGGUUCAUUAUGUCCAGUCAAAGGUGAUAUUGCUGUGAAGGAUUGCAACAACGACACAAUACCUAGCUGGACUAGUACUGGACAAUGUGUGGCACCGGGUCCCAUCUGCAGUGGCUCGGGUAGCAAUCCUACUGGUUCAUUAUGUCCAGUCAAAGGUGAUAUUGCUGUGAAGGAUUGCAACAACGACACAAUACCUAGCUGGACUAGUACUGGACAAUGGAUAGUAAAAUAA